AUGGUUCUUCCUGGAUCAAACUUUACCCCAGAUGUCCAAAAGCGAAUCCCCACAUUUCCUGUUGAGUGGGAUGAUAGUGUGGACCCUAAGGGCCCCGAGUUUAUGAACACUAUCACAACUAUUACUGCUGUUGCUGGCAAGAAGCAGGCUGUGGCAUUGCCCGGUUCCGAAAAGCCUGGGUACUCGGCUGUGUAUCGCAAUGCACAUAACCCCAAGAAGCUCGUGUCUGUGGUGCACCCAAAUCUACGCUGUACCGAUGAUCUUUUCUCUGCAACAGUAAAGGCCAAUCCCAACUCAUUGUGCCUUGGCGAGCGCCAGUACAACCAAGUCACAAAAACUUGGGGGCCAUACACUUUCCAAACCUACUCAGAAAUUGACGAACGAGUUUCACACUUGUCUUCAGGUAUCAUCAACUUGGUUGAAAAACAUGCCCACCAGGACCCUCACAAGGAACAGUACACGGUUGGUCUUUAUGGUCCUAACAGUCGUAACUGGGUGCUUACGGAUCUUGCAGCAAAUAGAACUGCGGUAACUCCUGUUGCCUUGUACGACACUCUGGGCCCGGAGUCUACAAAAUACAUUGUCAACUUGACCAACAUGCCCAUCAUCUUUGCGUCUAUUGCACAUAUUCCUUACUUGUUGUCAGCCAAGAAGGAAAUGCCAACACUUAAGGUCAUUGUUUCACUCAACGAACUUGAAGAUCCCGAAUACUGGGAACAUCCUGGUCACUCUAAGCGUGACGUUCUCAAUGCCUGGGCUGAGUCUGUUGGCGUGACUCUUUAUUCUUUUACAGAUGUUGAGGAUAGCGGCAAGCAUAUUCCUCGUAAACACCGCAAGCCCACAGCAGACGAUAUCUUUACAAUCAACUUUACUUCGGGCACCACUGGCAACCCCAAGGGCGUUAUUCUUCGUCACUCUGCUAUUGCAGCUGGCGUGACCAUCAUCAAAUACAAUGAUUUUUUCGACCAAGCUGAUACUGACGCCUAUCUUUCGUUUUUGCCUCUAGCACAUAUUUACGAGCGCUGCAACAUACACGGGAUGUUGUCUUCAGGCAUCAAGGUAGGGUUCAUUCGUGGUGAUAUUACUAAAUUGUUUGAAGACAUGGUUAUGCUCAAGCCCACUUUGGUGUGCGGCGUUCCUCGUAUUUGGAACAAAAUGUGCACCGGUAUUCGUACAUCAACCAUUGAGGCACCUGGAAAGAUUGGUGAGAUCACUAGGGAAGCAUUUGAGGCCAAGAUCAAGCAUCUACGUGCGACUGGUGAGAGCAAACACCCUAAGUACGAUAAGGUUUGGACCGACAAUCUCCGCAAGUCGCUUGGGUUUGAAAACGCUAAGGUGCUCAACUCAGGGUCUGCACCAUUGGCUGCUGAGAACAUUGACUUGAUGAGAUGCGCACUGGGCAUCAAGUUUUCCGAGGGCUAUGGGUUGACUGAGACUACAAGUGGUAUUUCAGUGUCUAAUACUCAUGAUAACCAUUCUGGGUCUGUGGGUCCCAUCACGCCCACGACCGAAGUGUGUUUGCGUGACUUGCCUGAACUUGGGUACUCGAUAAACGACAAGCCGAACCCACGCGGUGAGAUUAUGCUUCGUGGGCCGCAAGUGUUCCAUGGGUAUUACAAGAAUGAGGAGGAGACUGUUAAGGCUCUUGAGCCUGAUGGAUGGUUCCACACGGGUGAUGUGGGCAUGAUUGACGAUAUUGGCCGUAUUUACAUUAUUGAUCGCGUCAAGAACAUGUUUAAGUUGGCACAAGGCGAGUAUGUUGCUCCGGAGAGAAUCGAGGCCUUUUAUUCGUCUGCUUCAUCACUUAUUUCGCAAGUUUUCAUUGACGGUAACUCAUUUGAGAUAUUCCUUGUUGCAGUGAUUGGUGUUAAUCCAGAGCCUUAUUGUACGCUGCUCAAGAAUAAGUUGAACCUGGAAGUGUCUCCGACAGACGUUGAUGCGCUGACAGCGUCGUUUAAACGCAAGGAUGCUAGAGUGGAGGUGCUGAGACAAAUUACGCAGGAUAUUAAGAGUGCUGGGCUUAAGGGUUUUGAGUUGAUUAAGAAUGUGCAGUUGUUUAUUGAGCCUUUGAGUCCGGCUAAUGGUACACUUACACCGACGCUUAAGAUUAAGCGGCCCGACUGUCGUCGUUAUUUUAAUUCCGUGACAAGCGAGAUGUACCAAGAGGGUCCAUUGUUGGAUUUGUCACAGAACAAGAAUAAAAUCUAA